UAGUGAUUGUAUUGCAGAAAUGGAAUGUGUUGGAGUCACCAUGUUUCUUCUCAUGUGCACCUUAUUUCUCGCUGUUCAUGGUACGGACUCUGAAUACAUUUCGCUGGAGCCCACUCAACAUGGGAGAAAGGGGGACUCUAUGCUCCUCAAAGUGGAAACUCAUUUCAAUUCCCAGAAUGUGACGUUCCAGGGGACCUGGUACAAGACAAAGCCCAUUUACACUCAUUUGGCCACUUUCACCAAGAGCAAUGUUAUCCUAAAUAUGCGCCUAAAGAGCAAUACAGUAAUCAACCUGCCUAAUGUCUCACUGUAUAUUGAGCACCUGGAUGAGGACGCAGAGGGGGAAUACCAGAUGGAGAUUAAUAUCAUUUUCCCAGGAAGCUCCAAGCCAGUGCCUGUCACAAAGACAGUGACAGUCACAGUCAAUGUACCUGUAUCCAUCCCCACUGUUAGCAAGACCCCUGACUCAGAACUCGUGGAAGACAGGGACAAUGUGACACUGACUUGCUCUGUUGAAAGUGGGACACAUGUUCAUUACAAAUGGCUGAGGAACAACAAUUUGGUAGGCCUUAGUGAUCGGUAUACUUUCUCACAAGACAAUAGCACGCUUGUUAUAAAUCCUGUCAAGAAAGAAGACAUCGGCCAAUACGUCUGUGAGGCCAAAAACCACAUCAGCAUUGAGCUAAGCAAACAGACUGAUCUCAGUGUGUUCUAUGGACCUUAUAACCUGGCAGUAAAUUCUGACCAGGGUCUGAAAACAGGAGGGGUGUUUACAGUGAACCCAGGGGAACUGGUCUUUUUUGAGUGUCUUGCGGAUUCAAACCCUCCAAACACCUGUGUCUGGAUCUCAAAGACAAAGAACGGCACAGAGGUUCUUAUGACUGGGCCAAGGUUUGAAGUGACAUCGUAUGAGUUAGCCCAAGCUAAAGAGUUCUUGUGUAGAGCAUUCAACAAUGUGACAAAGAAGCAGGAUGAGACUGAGUUCACGCUGGUGGUGGCCAGUCUUGGCAAAGGAAGAGAGAAACAUAUUCAGGAAGGGAGUGCCCUGUCUCUCUUGUCUUUGAUUACAAUCGCUUCAGUGGUCAUCAUUGUGUGCAUGAUGUUUGUGCUCCUAAGGAAGAGCUGCCGUCCAAGAAGAAUUAUAAAGACUAUGUACAGGCGUCCUACGACAGAGCAGAGAGGACUGCACCGCUCUGGUCAUGAAGAUGCAACUGAAGACUUUGGCAUCUAUGAAUUUGUCUCCGUACCUGGGAAAAUGGAAUCAACACAGGCAUCCUGCAGGUCUUUGGCACGGUUCGAUUCAGUCAAAGAUUUGCAUACCACCAUCUAUGAUGUCAUCAGACAUGUGCCUGAAACUCCAACACUGAGUCUGUUGAAAUGAGAGAGAGAGAGAGAGAGAGAGAGAGAGAGAGAGAGAGAGAGAGAGAGAGAGAGAGAGAGAGAGAGAGAGAGAGAGAGAGAGAGAGAGAGAGAGAGAGAUGGCUAGACACGUGUGCUGGAUAUAACAACGACUUAAGUCAUAUCACAGUUUUUUAAUUUCCGUCACACAUUUAAGAACUUGUUUUUUGUUUUACAUAACCAUUUCAUUUAUAUUCUUUUAAACAAAAUCAGCAAUUUUCACUGUGCUGGGCACUGAUGUUUUUAAUAUCUUCAAAGGAAUAUAUGUAAAUGAGAACUAUGAAUGUUUUGUUUCUGUAGCAUCUGGCAUAAUGAAAUUAAUAAGAGUAUUUAAAUAUAAGCACAGUCAGCAGCUAACAUUUUUGUUUUUCUUGCAUUAUUAAUGUAAAUAUGAUGUAAAUAUUUGUAUGUUGACACUGUAUUUUUGCACACUGCAAUGUAUUUUGUGAUAUUGCUCAUUACAUGUCAAAGAUGCCACAUAACCGUUUCAUACAUUGCAUAGGUAGCAGUUUUUCUCAUUUAAAACAGACAUCUUGUGAAUGUUUGUUUACCAUGCGUUGCAUAUGCACAUGUUCACAUUUUACACUCGGACUCAGAUAAUUAGAAAAUAAAGAUUUUUGGAAAUAUUUUAGUAAUGCUUCUUUCGUUUUCUUUUUUUAUCCAUUAUAUAUCUUUAUAAAUCUUUAAAAAUCCAUCUUUACGUUUUUGAAAACUUUGUCUGAUGUCAACAAUUUUUUGUCAACAAAACUGUCAUUCAUGCAUGCAGUGAUAAUGAAAUACAGUGAAAUUCAUUAUCGGUUUCUAAAAGAGAUGAUUUUUAGUAGGCUAGUGGUCACUAAGUAGUGGACAAUUUGUGUGACUGGUGGCUUUUAUAAUGGCAAUAUGCAAGGGUGUAGAUUUGUCAUGAAGGGGGAUUGUAAAUUGAAGCAGUUAAAUGUUUCCAUUGAUAAUGGAAUACAUAAUGGGUUGUAUUUGUGUGUAUUGAUUAUUGGGGAGGGGGGAGCAUACCUUCCCCCCAACCCCCUGGAAUCUAAGCCCCUGCCGAUAUGUAUGAGUGAUUUAUGAUUUGUAAUACUCCACCAAACUCUCUUUAACCUGAUAAAUGAUUUUUUUUUACUAAGCAUU